CAAUAAUCAAAUUAUUAGAAAAUUAUUUGUAUAAAAUGGCACAAAAUACAACAAAUGAACCUAGAGAGAAAUGUAGCAUAGUUAUUCUCGGAGAACACCUUACUGGAAAAUCUUCUAUUAUUAAAAGAUAUAUUGUUGAAAGUUUCGAUGAUCAUGAAUAGGUAUCAAUAUAUAUUUAAACUAACCUAGCCAACUAUUGGAAUUGACUUUUUUUUAAAAAAAGUUGAAAUCGAUAACACAAAUACAUUUGUAAAAUUUUGUUUUUGGGAUACAUCUGGAUAAGAAAAAUUUAGAGCACUAAUUCCUAAUUACAUUAGAUCUGCACAAGCUGCCAUCAUUUGUUAUGAUAUUACAAGUAAUCUUCACUUUUAGAUAAAAAGAUGAACAAUCCUUCCAAACCCUAUCAAGAUGGGUCUAAAAUGUUUAAGAAGAAAUAGGAAAUGAUGUUUUUAUUUACAUAUUGGGAAAUAAAAUUGAUUUGGAACAAGAGAGAAGAAUCUCAAAAGAACAAGCAUAAGCUAAAGCUAAAGUAUUUUGAAUUUAUCUUAAAUUUCUAGGAACUAGGUGCUUAGUUUUAUGAAGUCUCUGCUAAGAAAGCAAAAAAUGUACUUGAAUUUUUUAAGAAACUUUAAAAUGAUUUGUUAGGCAAUUUUAUUUUACAAACUCAUAAUUAACAAUAAUAAUAAUAAUUUGUAUAUUAGAAUAUCAUUUUUAGGAAUGUUUACAAUAAGAUUAAAUUUAGUAAUCGAACUAACUAAAAAAUUUAGAGUAAGAUGAUAAAUAACAAGGAGAAUGA